UGCCCCAUCAUUGGUAUCAGUGGGAGGAAUAGUGCCCCAUCAUUGGUAUCAGUGGGAGGAAUAGUGCCCCAUCAUUGGUGUCAGGGGAGGAAUAGUGCCCCAUCAUUGGUGUCAGUGGGAGGAAUAGUGCCCCAUCAUUGGUAUCAGUGGGAGGAAUAGUGCCCCAUCAUUGGUAUCAGUGGGAGGAAUAGUGCCCCAUCAUUGGUGUCAGUGGGAGGAAUAGUGCCCCAUCAUUGGUAUCAGUGGGAGGAAUAGUGCCCCAUCAUUGGUGUCAGUGGGAGGAAUAG